CGACUGGAGGCAGAGUGCCGCUACUCCUCUUCCCCACGCCAACGGAGACGCAGAAAACAAGGAGCCCCUUGACCGAGGGUGUGUACAUGUUUUUUUCCUCAUAUUUCAAAACCGAUUUCUACAAUCUAGACCGACUCGAGGUUUAAAGGAUUUCGGAGGAAAGUGCAAAAGACGGAUAGAAAAUCAGACGGGUGCCCUGCGCACUACUGCAUCCUCCCUCUCCACCUCUGUCUCAUCUCUCCUCUUUCUCUGCCUCUGCGCUUUUACAAGACUCCCGGCUUCUCCCAUCCCGAAUAUCCCUAGUGACUGAUCACUUAUUGCAAAGCCUUGAGCUGCCUUUCUUCUUUUGUCGGAGUUUGAACCCCAUUUCUGAGCUGCUGGAAGUAUACCGCCAGAGCCCCUGAGAGCUGGCUGGACUCUGUAGCUUUCGUCUAACCGAUACAAGCGGAUCAUCGAGGGGACCUGCGCGGAGUCAAAAGGACUGGAAAUUAUUUAGCCCUCUCACAUCAACGUACCGCAUGGUGGGAAUUUCUGCCUCUUUUCAGUAUCGCACUGGGAAGCGCUCCACCAUGCCCGACUCACCUGCGGACGUCAAGACACAGUCCAGGUUGACCCCCCCUACCAUGCCGCCCCCACCCAGCACGCAAGGAGCACCCCGAAACAGCUCCUACACCCCCACCACAUUAACCAAUGGCAGCAGCCACUCUCCUACAGCGCUUAACGGCGCUCCAUCUCCCCCAAACGGCUACAGCAAUGGUCCUAGCUCCUCCUCCUCCUCCUCGCUGGCCAACCAGCAGCUGCCGCCGGCCUGCGGCGCCCGGCAGCUCAGCAAGCUCAAGCGCUUUCUCACAACUCUACAGCAGUUUGGCAAUGACAUCUCACCUGAAAUCGGCGAGCGGGUCCGCACAUUAGUGCUGGGACUAGUGAAUUCCACACUAACCAUCGAAGAAUUUCACUCCAAGCUCCAAGAAGCCACCAACUUCCCUCUGCGACCUUUUGUCAUACCUUUCCUGAAGGCCAACCUGCCGCUCCUUCAGAGGGAGCUGCUGCACUGUGCAAGGCUGGCGAAGCAGAACCCAGCUCAAUACUUGGCCCAGCAUGAGCAGCUGCUCCUGGACACCAGCACUACCUCCCCAGUGGACUCCUCUGAACUCCUGCUGGACGUCAACGAGAAUGGCAAGAGAAGGACGCCAGACAGAACCAAAGAGAACGGCUUCGAGCGAGAUGGCGCCGUGCACCAGGAUGUUCACCCUAGCAAGCGGCCCUGCACCAUAAGCCCCGCCCAGCGCUUCAGCCCAUCCAAUGGGCUCUCCUACCAACCCAACGGCCUGCCCCACCCAGGCCCGCUCCCUCCACAGCACUACAGGCUUGAUGACAUGGCCAUCGCCCAUCACUACCGGGACACCUACAGACACCCCGCCUCUAAUCAUCGGGAAAUCCGGGAGAGAGCCAGGCCUAUUGGUAUGCAUACAGGGACCAGGCAGGAGGAAGUGAUUGACCACAGGCUGACAGACAGAGAGUGGGCUGAGGAGUGGAAGCACCUUGACCAUGUAAGAAAACUGCUGAACUGUAUCAUGGACAUGGUGGAGAAGACAAGGCGCUCACUGACAGUAUUGCGGCGGUGCCAGGAGGCCGACCGCGAGGAGCUCAACUACUGGAUCCGGCGAUACAGCGACGCUGAAGAGCUGAAGAAGGGCGCCACUAGUGGGCAGUCAAGGCAGCAGAGCCCAGCAGCGCAGGAAAAUGCAACACCAGAAAUUCACAGGGAGCUGCUGCACCGGCCCGUGUCUGGCUACGUCCCUGAAGAGAUCUGGAAGAAAGCUGGUACUGGAGGCUUGACUUCCUCUGUCUCCACACUCUUUCCAGAAGAGGCUGUGAAUGAGGUGAAGAGACAGGCCGUGUCAGAGCUACAAAAGGCUGUGUCAGAGGCCGAGCGUAAGGCUCACGAGAUGAUCAGUAGCGAGCGGGCCAAAAUGGAGCGCACUGUAGCCGAGGCCAAGCGACAGGCUGCCGAGGACGCACUCUCCAUAAUCAACCAACAGGAGGACUCCAGCGAGAGCUGCUGGAACUGUGGCCGCAAAGCCAGUGAGACGUGCAGUGGCUGCAACACGGCACGCUACUGCGGCUCCUUCUGCCAGCAUAAGGACUGGGAGAAGCACCACCAUGUCUGUGGUCAGACCCUCCAGGCCCAGCAGCAGCAGCAGCAGGCCAGCCAGCAGCAGGGAGGAGUCCCAGGGUCAGAGACCCCUGCUCCGAUCAGCUCCUCCGCCUGCACCCCGAGCAGCGGGACUGGGAGUCCGGCUGCUACCCCGCCUGCUGCUACUCCUCGCUCCUCCACUCCCAGCACCCCGUCCUCCUCUGCCCUGGAUGGCACACCGCGCUAAGAGACUCACACGGAGGAUAGAGGCAAAGGACACCCCUUAAUCCCACAAACAGCAUGACUGUCUACAUUGCCUUGCAGAGAUACUAAGCUAACGUGGCUAACAGAGAGAGAUGGCAAUGCUUCUGUCUAUCUUGCAGCAUAGUCAUAGAAGGAGGAGGAGGUCCAUAAUCAGGUCAUAUUGACUUGCCAUGACUUUAAAGAAACACAAAGAUAUUCUUUGUUCUGAAUGAAUGAAUUUAAAUAUUGACAUCCUUUUAUUGUUACACUUGCUAUUCUUGUUGUCCGUUUGUCGUCGUGCCUGUUGCUGUUAAUGUUGUUGUCAUUGUAGCUUAUCUUAUUGUUUCCUGUAAAUAUUAAGAGACUGAGCAGAGAUAGCCGUGAACUUGAGACAAGUAUAUCUGACCUCCCCUUUUUUUAAAUGUUUUUUUUCCAUCCUUGAAUUAAUGCUUAUUUCCUUCCUUUACCUAAGACAUUAAUCUCAUUUCACCAAACAGCAUACCAAGGGAACAUAACUAGCUAGCAGAACGAGUAAAGUCAUCAAUACUAUUUGUCAAGAAAGAUAUUUGAUUUAAAUACCCUGACAGACAAACCAAUGGAUGGAUGGAAAAAAACGUUUGCUGCCUGGAGAGAGGAGAGGGAUGGACUAAAUCUCUGGCCAACAGACAGCACGAAAUGGGCAGAUGUGCAGCAGAUUGCAAGCAGAGCCAGCUGUUCAACCAGUGUUACUUCCCUCUCACUUGUGAUAAUAUCCAGGUCAGUGGGCUGGGAAAUACAAAUCCGUCUCCCUGAAGGAUGUAAAAGGAAGAAUUCUUGGAAAAGUUACAAAACUUUGCCCACUGCACAUGUGGAGGUUGCACUGACUACAAUUCGCACAUGCAUGCUCGGUGGGUCACAGAAGCUCUCAAACAGGAAGUGAAGUCAUCGUCCCACCGGCGAGACUGUCAAGUCACCACAACAGCAGCCGCUAAGCCACGCAGAGCUAGAAAGUGUUGAGAACUCAGUAGGAUGCUCAUUCUGCGCCCCAGACGCUCCCCUCCUGUCUCAACUCUGAAAAACAUUUUCAUCUUUCUUCGUGUUCUCAUUCUUUUUCUGUAGAUGUCAUGGUGUUUAAGACUUCUGUCCUGUGGUGUCACCAAUGGUUAUUUAUUGUAUAUGUGUUGGACAAUUGUGACAAUGCAUAGUACUUCAACCGGUCACAACUCUAUGUCGUUCAUAACUCUCUCUCUCUCUCUCUCUCUCUCUCUCUCUCUCUCUCUCUAGCAAAAAGAGAUAAAAAAAGAAGUGUUAUCUUAUUUCUAAGCUGCUUUUCUAUUCUGUGUAAGUGGUAGAUCCCUCGUAGUUCUAUAAGUUUUACUUUCCUUCGUCCUCAAGAAAAGACACAAGCUAUAUCUCAGAGCUGCUACUUGAGUCCGACCCAGAUCUUUUCUGAGAACUAGCAUGUUGCGCGGAAUGCUAACUUAAAUGUUUUGUACAAGGGACAUACAUAAAUGUAUUUGCACUGUCACAGAGGUUAUUUCAGCAUGCUUCUUUUCAGCAUACUUGUGUUGUCGGUAUAGAGCCAAAACUCAUCAACCAUUUUGUAUGUAGUUAAUAGAAUAAUCUGUUUUCACAUUUUGUUGGGAUGGGGAGGGAGUUGGAAAAAUGUAAAAUCAUCAAAGACUUUUUUUUUUCUCAACAUAACAAAAGCGGCCAUAACAACUUUUCUUUUAAUAGUUACAGACAGUGCAUGCACAUUACUGAACGUUUGUUAAAUAUUUGUUAUUUUUUAGAAAAACUCAAAAACAACCAAAAAAAAGUUAAAAAAUACAAAAAAAAUAUUCUAACAAACUAACUUUCCAAAUGCAGAGGUGUAGACUACGAUUGACAGCUUUAACACUGCAAAGCACCAGGUAACACACAGUAUUAACACAAGAGAUAAACAAAACAAAAAAAAAACACCAAAAACAGCCAAAGACUGACACCAAGGACCAAAAUCCUGAUUUAACGAUUUUCAAAAGAGGUUUGUUCACACAUAUAUUUGGUUGUUUAUUUCACACAUUUAUGGAACAAAACUAACUUCAGUGUCAUAAAAGUCAUUUAUUUUAAUCCUUUCUGGAAACGAAUGGCACUCAUCUUAUAUAGUGAAAUGAGCAGGUGUGAAUUCAACGCAAUGAACAUUUUCACAGCAGUGUUACAUUUUAAUGGAGCAAUAAUUACUAAUGAACACUGAUGACUUCUAUGGCCAUUUUGGAAGAAAAACUUUGAGAUAUUUUUUUUUUAUCUUGUUAGUACAUUUUCGCAUUACACAAAUGCCAGACUAAGUGUCCAUUUCAGCUUUAAGCAGUUAAGUUCUUUAUUCUUAAAAGAGGUGAAUGUGAGACUGGGCUUUCACACCAAGGCCAUUUACAGUUGUUUUUUUUAUUUAUUUAUUUCAAAGUAUGUCAUUUUUGCUGUUGGGAUAGAUAAUCAGUCGCAGCUUUGUUGUAAACCUUCAAUAUAAAUCAAACAAACCUCUCAUUCGCAGUAAGAGAGCACUUAUCCUGACGACGCACACAAAGGCUCUACACCCCAAACACCUUGGUGCUACACAGAAGCGCGUUACAAAUUCUGACCUCAAGGAACAAGUAGAGGCCCACAAGGGUUCUGGGCUGUUUGCUCACCUCUGUACUUCCUCAUCUCUCCCUUCUUGUCUAAAAACAAUACACACCUGCAUUCUUGACUCUAAAGGGUUAAACAAUCCAAAAAGGUGUCUGACACCCUACUAGCGACUCCUCAGAAGCUGUGAAGACAGCCAAGCUGUUUUAACACUAGUGUAUUUGAAAGUAUACAAUAAAUAACGUGUGUUCAUCACUGCAGGGCAAAACCUGGGUUUUAAAAUAAAGGAGAAAAAAAAAAACGAAGACAGACAUUAUCGCUCAAUGGUUCUUUAAGAAGCUCCAUUUUUUUCUUUCUUCCCUCCUGUAUGUGUGUUUUGCUACAAAUUCCUCUGUGGCAAACAAGUCUCACUCUACCUCUUACAGCACGAUAAGAGCAUCAGUCACAGCGCUGAUACUGGUCUAGUCUAAACCAAAUGGGCACAAGAGAACAGGAAAAUAAAAAACCCAAAGUUGAAGCUCAUACAGCUGCAAAACCAUAUCAUUACUUGGUAACAAUGCAGACCUCAUAAAUAAAUGAAACAUAAAUGAAUAGAAAUGAGAGAAAAAAAAAACCUGAAAAAAAAAAACUUUUGUUAUGUUCCUUUAUGCCUGUGGCGUUUUUAGAGUACAUCAAGAGUUUCAAUAGUUUGAACAGAUUUAAAAACAUUGUGCUAAUUUUAAAGAAACGUGUUGUCGAUUCCUAUUUCGAUGAUACAAGCUGGGGUCACAGAUAAGUAAUGUUGUUUCUCUCUCGCUCUUUCUCCUCUCCUGUUUUCCCUCCACCUUUUUCUCCUCUUUUCUUCUCUGUUGUGAAGAUAUCCUAAAGCGCUUGUCGACUUGUCAGCGGGGGUAAAUUCAAAAGAGGGGAUAUACAAAAGUCAAAAGCUUGUAAAAAAAAAAAAAAAAAAAACUAAAAUGAAAAAAAAUGAAGGCUAUGAAUUUAGGCAUGCCUGUUUUUCACAAUAGGGGAAAAUGUUAUUUAAAUUUCCUACUUAUCAAGAAACGUGGAAAUGUGUGGGGCCAACAGUGAACAACGAAGGCCGUAGCAUUAAUCUGGGGGAGGGAGUUGAGCUUCAGGGGUGGGAGUUUUUAUUUUUUAUUUUAAUUUUGGGUUCUCGAGAAAAGAUUUUGUGAAAAAAGAGCUCAAAUGAUUUGAAGUUGUUGUGCAAUACUUAAUUGAGACAUGAAAACCACAGGUUAGUGGUAGGCUGACACUGGGCGGUCUCUCCAUCGCCUAGAGUCAGUGUCCUCUAGAGAGCUUUCCAGUCUACUAUGUCAGAACUGUGGUUUCUUGUUUGUUUUUUUCUUCUUUUUGUUGAUUUUUUUUUUUUUUUCUUUUUUGGGCUGUAAACUAUGGUCUGUCAGUCUGUGAAACUUUGCAGUAUAAUUCUGGUAUUGUUGUUCUCUUAACAGUGUAAUAAAUAUGUUAAUACCUG